GAGUCAAGCUUCCCUUAUUGUUCGCUUCUCAUCCAUUGCUUGUAGUGCUUCCUCUCGUAGGGCCUUCUUAUUAUAUUUCCUUCUUCUGUGUGUUGUUUGUUCAGCGUGGAAUAGAUGGCUCCGAAGGCAGCAUCUCCCGAGCAGAAGGCUGGUAAGUCCAAGGCCGAGAAGAAGCCCGUGGUGAUGAAGGCCGAGAAGAAAAUCAAAGCUGAUACCAAGGGUGAUGCAAAGAAGAGGAAGAAAUCGAAGAAAAACGUGGAGACAUACAAGAUUUAUAUCUACAAGGUUCUGAAGCAGGUCCACCCUGACACAGGCAUCUCAUCAAAGGCUAUGGGAAUUAUGAACUCGUUCAUAAACGAUAUUUUUGAGAAGUUGGCGCAGGAGGCUGCUCGUCUGGCUCGAUAUAACAAGAAGCCAACGAUCACCUCUCGUGAGAUCCAGACUGCUGUACGUCUGAUCCUACCGGGAGAGUUGGCGAAGCACGCUGUCUCGGAGGGAACGAAGGCGGUAACGAAGUUCACGAGCGCGUAGAGAAACAGUAAUACGAAAUUAUAACAUAUUGGUGUUUAUGAACACCAUCUAUCUGGAUGAAAGUAGUACUCCUGCUCCAAAUUGGCAUUAUAUACAUUGUUCAAAAUUUUUGUAUAGAGGUGACGUCACUGGUCAUACAUUGUUGCAUUGAAUGAUGCUUUCAUGAUGACACUUCGCGGUUUGGUCACUUACGAUGUCAAAUAGAUGUUUCCUGACAUGUAAGAAUGUACUGUCAUGGUUUGUCCUCUAUUAUUCAGACAAACAAGGCUGGCAACUGAUUAUGCUACAUCAGUAGACAACUUUAUUAUUCACAGCCGUGUAGUAUAAUGAGUACAUAAGAGCUUGUGAUGGUAGUUAAUGUAGGAUACCAGAGUAAGUCAUCCGUCGUAGAUAGAAAACUAGGUCAGUUUGUGUGUCUUGAUCACUCACAUAUUCCAUCGAAUCUAAAGCUGUUUGAUGAUGGGAUUUGGAGCAGAUUGGUGCGCUGUUAGAAGAGCUAAUUGUAACCUCGUCGGUUUUGUCAAAACCACUUGUAAUAAAAGUUAAACAACUACUUUUUCCAGUGA